CUGUUGUAGUAAUAAUUAUACAAUGUGCCGUCUGCAAUGGGUUAGAAUUUAAAACAAAUUUGAAAUUGUCAUUGCAAUUGCUUUCUAUUGUAUUAUAUAAUAUAGAAACCCAAUUCAAAAGAUUCUAUAUUAAAUCGGUUUCUAAUGAUUACCAGAGGAAUAUUUUGUAAAUUAAACAACCUUAAAAUCUAUAGGAAAUAUCUUCCAAACUAUAGGUUUUUUAGUGAUGAUAUUUGGGUAAGUAAAGAUCAUAAUUAAUUGAAUAUGUAUAUUAAAUAACUUUUAAUAUCUAAUACAAUUGUUUAAAAAGAACGAAGAGUUGACAAUAGAUUUAAAACUUAAAAUUGAAAAUCAGUGGAAGGAUAAACUCUGUAAAGGUACUUUCAAUAGGAAUGAUGUGGAUAAUAAAUUUUACGUUCUAUCAAUGUUCCCUUAUCCAUCUGGCCGCCUACACAUGGGCCAUGUUCGUGUAUAUGUAAUUGCAGAUUCAAUAGCUAGGUUUCAUCGUAUGAAUGGACAAAAUGUAAUUAUAAUAAUUAGUUUUAUAUGAAUAUUAACUAUUAAAUAAUAAAUAUACAUUAUUUUUUUCAAUAAUUAUUUAUUUAAUUCAUUAACUAUAAACACAUUAUAUAGGUAUUUCUACCAAUGGGUUGGGACGCAUUUGGAUUACCUGCUGAAAAUGCAGCUAUAUUGCAUGGUUUACCUGCAAAUAAAUGGACUAAAUCAAAUAUUGAUCACAUGAAAAAGCAGCUCCAAGAACUCGGUUGCAGUUUUGAUUGGUCCCACGAAUUAGCUACUUAUGAUCCAUCUUAUUACAAAUGGACUCAAUCGUUCUUUGUAAAAAUGUUUCAAUCUGGACUUGUUUAUUCCAAAGAGGUAAGAGCAAAUCUCAUAGUUAAAUCUUUUUUAGUAUAAUUUUACCAAUGUUAUUAUUUAGGCUGAAGUAAAUUGGGAUCCAGUUGAUGAAACUGUAUUAGCUAGUGAACAAGUAGAUGAAAAUGGGCGUUCUUGGAGAUCUAAUGCUAUUGUUGAGAAAAAACUUUUUAAACAAUGGUUUAUACGAACAACACAAUUUAGCAAGUAAAUUAAUAUUAAUAAGGUAUAGAUACUUGCCUAUUAUAAUUUACUUUUUGAAUUUUUAUUUAAAAGUAAAUUGGUUAAAAUAUUUUUAAUAUUUGAGUGUGGGAACAUAUUUUAAUAAAUAUAUAAAUAAAAAAAGAAAUGUGUAUGUCGUAGCCACUCCCUGAAAUUGAUCUUUUCAUGAAAAGAUGAUCAUUUAACAUUGUACAAUUUUUUUCACAAUGUGGUCAUUUACUUUCUGUUACAAAAUACAACAUUUAUUAUACACGUCAAGUUUGUCAAGGUACAAGGUUUUAUAAACAUAAAUGUAAGUUAUUUUUAUCUAAAAUUAAGUGAAGUUAUUAUACAUAUUACAUAAUUUAUUUAUAACUAUUUAUAUCAUAUUAAUCAUAUUAUAAUCAUUUUUUAUUUAUUAGAGCAGGAAAAUUAAUUGUGACAAUGAUUGUUAGAUUUUAAACUACCUUUAAAACGUAUAUGUCUUUUAGUUUGACAAGUCAUUUUACAUGGACAACUUAAGAACCCCUGACCUCCAGAUACAACUUAAACAGUUUCACACAAAGUUAAUUAUUAUUUUUUCUCAACCUGUUCAGCUAAAAUAAAAUUUGCAGUGGUAUGCUGCAUAUUUCCAGAAUUGAACCAUCCUUUAAUAAGACCAUGUGUAGUUCUUACUUUAUAUAUCUCAUUUUUUUUCUUUAAUAAUGACAUCAAUUACUCAAGCAGGGUCCGAUAGUCUACUGGCGACUUUUGAAACAGAAAUUGUGAUGCAGUCAUUAAUUUUGUACUCUAGAAUUACGGUAUUGCUGACCUGUAUAAAAAAAAAAAAAAAAAAAAAAUUAAAUUAUUAAUUUUAUUUCUUAUAGGUACACUUAUAUUUAAGUACCUAUAACAUUUUUUUGGCAGCUUUUUCUUGGCCUGCAUGCCUAGCUUUACAUUCUUUGUGUAUUGUUUUAUUUGUUUUACACAAAUCACAAAUAUCUUCUAUGAGUUCGUUUUUGCACAUUUUGCAAUGUUAAUAAAAAUAUUUUUCUCUUUAUAAUGGCUGUACACUUUUUCAAGGUUCUCUUCAGCUGUUAAUAUUUUUAUAACUUCUAGUGGUAAAUUAGAUGUUAAUAAUCCAACUUGAGGAUCACAACCAAAUAAUACUUUAUUUGGAGAGCAGCCUAUUAUCUAAUGAUGUGAAGAAUUUUUCUAGAAUUGAAUAAACUUAUAGAUAGUAUUUAUUUUAUUUGACAUGGGCAUGUAUCACGUAAUUAACGGAUAUGAUCAAACUUGACUUGUGUAAUAAUAGCUGUAUUUUAGUACACAAAGUGAACGACCACGUUGUGAAAAAAAUUACACAAUGUUAAAUUGGAGUGACCAUUUUGUGAAAUAUUUUCAAAUUUCACGAAGUGUAAAAAAGCCGUUUCCAUUUUAUGAAGUGGCUACGACAUAUAUAUAUAAAUAAAAAAUCAUUAAAUAAAUUAAUGUAUUGCCUGAAGUAUUAUGAUAAGUGUAUUUUAAGACCGAUUUUAAAUUAAAAUUCAUCAUCAGGUAUAUCACAAUCAAAAUUUAAAACUCGUUUUACUCCAGGCGACGCAUUCAUUUAUUUGUUUUUUAUUUAUAUAUUUAUUUACUAGUAUUAACCAUAUUAAUAAUUUUGUUUUUACUUUUAAUAUUAUUAUAUUUUAGUAAUUAAUUAUAUGUAUGUAAUUUUCCAAUGUAUGAUGUCAUUGAACUCUUCCUUCUAUUAGGAGUAUCACAACUUGCAAAAGUAAUUGUUUUUGUCAAUACAUUUACUUGUUGUUUUAAUUCAUAUACAGAUUAGUCAUUUUCUAAUUCAGUGUUUGGAUAUUAGAUAUUACAUGUAAUUAACUAUAAAAGGUGUUAGUCCCAAUCAAUAAUUUUUUGAAUUGGUUUAUUAUAAACAUAAUACAGGAUGAUUUUUGAGAUUCUGAGUGGAGCGACGAAGCUUAUGGUUUUACAAAGAUAUUUGUAUUUUUUUACUAUCUUUUAACAACUUUUCUAGAGAAGAGUUGCUCAUAUUUCUAAAUGUAGCACAUUUUCUGAAAGAAAUCUGUGUGUGGAGGUACUUUAAGGAGGUAAUUUUUUGAGUUUCUCAUCAAAUUUGAAAAACCUUGAUAAAACAUGGAAAAACGUAGGGAAAUUGGAACAACAUUAAACAAAUAUUAUUAAAGAAAAUAUAUAAAAUCUAUUUAAUUUAUUUGACUAUAAAAUAGUUUAUAUAUAUUGUUGACAAAAGAUCACUAUCAACUGAACUCUGUUCAGAAUCAUUUUUUUCGUAAGCAAUGGUUUAUCGUUGCUUACAGGUAUACAUUAAAUUAUCUAUAACAGUGACUGCACCCGUCUCCAUUAUCCAAGGACAUUGUUUUACAAUGAACCAGCAAUUUUCUCAGGUGAUUUUAAGUGAAGUUAAUAUCUUUUUUUUUUUUUUAACUGUGAAAUCGGUCAAACUAAUUUUAAAACUAAUUAAAUUUUUUAUUUCUACUACAUAUACUUUAAGUAAGUAUAUACUUUUACUUUACAAAUAGGAACCCCCCUUUUGAGCAAAGAUUUGAAUAGAGAAUACUUUUCUGACAUUUUGGCAUGCAUAACACUAAUAUCGGACUUACUGUUUAUGAGUUAUAACAGUUUAAAGUUUAGACUAGAGAAUUAGGAAAGGAUAAUAAAUUUUAUUAUUUUAUUAUUAAAUGAUAAAUUGAUUUAACAAUAGAAGAAAUGGGAAUGUAUAAAAUAAUUAUUUAAUGUAUAAAUUGUAUACAUUACCUAUAUGUUUUACUUAUUUCAUAAACAUCAGUUUAACUGUAACAUAUUUGUCAUUAAUUAUUAUUUAUGAUGAAAUAAUUUUCAAAAAUCAAUAUAUAUUUUAAAAAAAAAUUAUUUAUGUAUUGUUAUAAUUUUAGUAAUUUAUUGAACUAUUAUUAUUACUUUUUUUUUUACAGAGCUCUAUAUGAAGGAUUAAAUGAUCCAUCUUUGAGAGAUUGGAGGGAUAUUAUUAACUUACAAAAACAUUGGAUUGGGGAAUGCAAUGGCUAUGUAUUUGAUUUUCAAGUAUUCACUGAUGAUAUAUAUCGAACCAUACUUAAUGUUUGGACACAAUAUCCUGAACAUGUACCAUUAGCUGGGUUUAUUUUUAUUAAACCAGAGUCUUUUGUUCAUAAAUAUUAUAUUUUGAAUCAUAAAAAUGUAUAUAUUAAAAAUCCAAUUACGGGCAGCAAGUUACCAAUUUUAGUUACUGAUUGUGUUGAAUAUCCAGAUGGGCAAGAUGCACUCUUAGCUAUUCCACAUAUAAAUUCAGUUGAUGAAAAAUUAGCAAAAAAGCACAAUAUUUCUUAUUUAAAUUGUGUAAACCAAAACUUGUAUUUAUCGAGAGAAGAAGUCUGUAAAAAAGCCAAAGAAUUGAACUCUGGAGGUUACCCAGUAAGUUCCAAAUUAAAAGAUUGGCUAAUAUCUAGACAAAGAUACUGGGGUACUCCUGUACCCAUUAUUCAUUGUAAGAAUUGUGGAGCCCAAGCUGUACCAGAAAAUGAAUUACCAGUAAAGUUACCAUUACUUGACAUGCAAGGGGAUAAAAAAUUUAAAUCAUUAGAAUUAGCUGAGGAAUGGGUAAAAACCACUUGUCCAAAGUAAGUGGUAAGUUUAAUACGUAAAUGAAAUAUAAACAUGACGUUAAUAUUGAAGUAUUUUAGAUGUGGCAAAGAGGCAAAAAGAGAAACAGACACUAUGGAUACAUUUGUAGAUUCUAGUUGGUAUUAUCUGAGAUAUUUGGAUCCUAAUAAUAGUUUUCAGCCUUUCGAUAAAACUUUGGCUAACAAAAUGAUGCCAGUUGAUAUAUAUAUUGGUGGAAAAGAACAUGGUAAAUUUUUUUUUAAUAGUAUAUUAUUUGCAAUUAAUAUUUGAUUUUCUUUUAGCUGUAUUGCAUCUCUAUUAUGCAAGGUUUUUUAACCACUUUUUGCAUUCUAUUGGUUUAUCUCCUAGCCCAGAACCAUUUAAGAAUCUAUUAGUUCAAGGUAUGGUAAUGGGUCAAAGUUUUAAAAUUAAAGCAAAUGGCACAUAUUUAAAAGAAGUUGAAGUGAUUAAGAAAGAUAAACAAUUUUUCACCAAAGACGGCGAUUUUCCAGUAACUGCUACAUGGGAGAAAAUGAGUAAAUCUAAAUACAAUGGUGUAGAACCUAUAGACACUAUAAAUCAAUAUGGGAUAGAUACAAUGCGUUUGUUUAUCUUAUCUAAUGUUGCACCUACAUCAAAUAGGAAUUGGAACUCUGAUUGUAAGUACAAUACAUGUGAUACAUAUGUAGAUAAAUGUAUUUUUAAAAUUUGUUUUAUUUAUAGUGUUCCCUGGAAUUUUGAACUGGCAACAUAGAUUAUGGUUGACUAUUAGAGAAUUUCGAAAAAUUAGAAAUUGUAAUGAUGUUCAAAUGAACACAAUUGAUUUAUCUAAAUUUGAAAAAGAAGAAAUUAAUUUAAAAGAUGCACGUAAUUAUUAUGUCAAAAAAACUUCAAGUAAUUUCAGAAAAUCAUACCAAUUAAGUGUAGCAAUUUCAAAGCUACAAGGGCUAACAAAUUCCUUAAGAGUAUAUAAUGAAUGACAUUUAUUUGUUUAUAUUUUAAUUAAAUUUUUCUUUUUCAGAAGUCUCCCAAAGAGGUGGUUAAGUAUAGUGCAGAGUAUGAAAAAUUAUUAGCUGUGCAGAUAAUAAUGUUAGCUCCGAUUGCUCCACACUUUGCAUCUGCUUUAUGGAGUGGAUUUGUUUCGGCUACAGGACGCCUCAACCAAGAUUAUGAAAAUAUUAGUUGGGAAGAUGAUGUUAUCAAUCAAAAAUGGCCAGAAGUGGAUAUUGAUUAUAUUUUUAGUUUAUAUUGUCUGGUAGGUAUUUUGUCUUAAAAUAGUGAAUUAUUAAUCAUUUUAAUCAUGUGAUUAAUUAAAUAACUCAGUCUAUUUAAAACUAAAAUAAAAAUUCAUUUAAAAAUCUUUUGCUCCCACAUAUUAUGAUCUUUAGAAUUUUGUAUAAAGUUUUGACAAUUUUGCAUAUUUGCUGUUAUACGAUCUAUAUCAUUCUUCCAACAACAUACAUUAUUGAAUUUAGUUGUAUUAUAGCGAUGUUCAUUGUGUAUCUUGCAUGUUAACACUUUUUUAUGUUUUUGUGGUGCCCUAUACUUGAAUGAUUUAUUGCAGAUUUUAUUUUGACAAUCAGUUAUACUGUCAGUUCCAUAUUGUGUUUUAAUUGCUAUGUCUUUAAGCAAAUUAUAUUUGUCUUUUCCAUUCUUAGUUUUUACAGUAAGAUCAUUUUUAGUAUUACCAAAUGCUUCAUCACAUACUGACAACUGUUUUUUUAACAUUACCUAAGUAAUUCAAAUUUUAAAUAUUAAAAUAAUUUUAACUUAAUACUUAAACAGUAAACAUUUAAUUUUAACCUGUUUUUUGUUGCUCAUGUUCAAUUCUUUUUUAAUGAUUUGUUUCAUUACAUUGCCUGAAUCAAAAACUUGAUCAUUUUGUUUUAUUUCAUUUAAUAGAUUAACUAUAUACUGUGUUAAUCUUUUUUUACCAGUUUUAGAUAUACAAUUUUCAUUCCUGAUAUUUUCCAUAGACAAAUUGUGUAGCUUUGACUUGAAUGUAUAACCCAUUUUUAAGGCAGUUGCCUGAUUUAUUUUAUUUCUCCACUCUUCCUCUUCUUCAAUAAUUCUUUUAGCUUCUAGUUUAAGUGCUUGAAGUUUAAGAUUUUGUUCGGUUUUUUUUCUUAAUUCUGCCUGUUGUUCAAGCAUUUCCUUUUCAGCUAAUGCUUGUUUUUUAACUAUUUCUUCUUUUUCUUUUUCACUUUUUUCUUUUUUUCGUUUUUCUUCCAUUUUUUGCUUGCGUUUAUUUUUUAAUUUCAUCAUUUCAUCCAAUUUUUUUCUAUAUUCUUCACGUGCAUUUUGUUUGGUUUUCAUAUCAGAUUUCAUUUUCUUUAAUUUUUCCUCUUUUUUACGUUUUUUUUCAGAUUGUAACCAUAGUUGUUCCUUCUUCAUCAAACGAUCUAUUGUUUCAUCUGCUAUAAUUUUGUUUAAUUGUUCGAUUGAGUUUUUUUCAUCUUCAUUGUUUGAUCUGGAUAAAUAAUCUUUUAUUUGCAAUUGUUUGUUUAAUACAUUUCCUACAGAUUAUAUUAGUAUAUUAAUUCACGCGUGAGAAAAGAAAAAAUUUCUUUUUAUUGACAUCAAUUGGCAUCAUAUGGUGCAACACAAAAUGUUUGUUCAUAUGCUGUUUGGUACCAAAUGAUGUCAUGACUAAAAUGUUAUUCACACAUUUCAAUAAACAUAUAUGAUACAUAUGAUUUCUAAUUAAUUGAAGCAAAUUAAAUAACAAUAUUUUACUUUAACAAAUAAAUAAGAUAAACAUAUUGAUAUAUGAUCUACAUGUACAACAUGUAAAAUAGUGUAGUAUAAUUAACAUUUCUAAAAACAAUAUAUUUCUAUUGUGAGUAAUUAAAAAAAAUAUAUUAGCUUGUUUGUCAUGAACUCAAGUUUCAAAAAAAAUUGGUUAUAAUUUAUUGAUUUAACAUAUAUAUUAAUAUUUUUACAGUUCUACACUCUUUAUACUUGGAAUUAUUUGAUAUUGUACUAUACAGUGUAUGAUACUUCACUACUACCCCCUACCCAUACUUAACUGUGGAAUUCAUGACCAACAGUUGAUAGAAAUUAAAAAUGUCAUUACCUGAUUUAUUUAACUAAAACUUUAUCUAUUUAUAGAAUUUUUAGCAUAGAUUGAUAUUUAAAAAUCAGAAGUGAAUAGUGUUUUCAACCCUAAUAUUAAAAAAUUACUCAAUUCAUAAGCAUAAGUUGUCAAAAAAAUAAAAACAUUGUAAAAAUGUAAAUACUUUCUGAGACAAUGAGUGUCUUAUCAAAGAUUUAUCAUCAUAUAUAAUCAAAAAUAUUUUGAGUUUUAUGAUAUUAUUUACCUGAUUCAUUUGCAUCUGCACUCGAACUAUCAUCAAAUCCUUUUUGAUUUUGUUCAUUAUUUAGGUUCUUUUUGUUAUGAUUUUUUUUUUCUGGAGUACUUUUUUUUUCAUUAUACUUUAAAAAAUAACUAUGUUUUACUCUUCAAAUUACAGCCUUGUAUGUAUAUUUCUAAUUUAUAUAAUAGCAUCAUUCAAAUUAAAAAUACAUAAUACCUACCGUUUUUUGUUGAUAUGUAUUGUUUUGCUUUUUUGUACCAUGAACUCUAUUAUUUUCAUUUUCUUGCCUAUAAGUCAUGAAUUAUUUGUGAUGUACAUUUUGGUUUUUAAUUAAAAACUUGGGGUUUUACUACAAACUAAUCUAAAAUUAAGUAGUUGGUAAAUCAAUUGUUAAUAAUAUUUUUUUAUUUCCAUUGGUCGUCUUUAAAUUCAGCAUAUUACUAUCUUACCCAACUUGAUUGUAAUAUGAUGUUAUUCUUUGCCAUUUGUAUCCUUUAGGAGUUGAAAGCAUCUUUAAAUAAUCAUCAUGUGUUAAAAGUCCUCUAUUCACGAUAGGUUUUUUGCAUACUGUACGAUAACUAGGUCGGCGGCAUACAUUUGUAUUUUGUCGUAUUUUUUCAAAACAGGAAUCAAUUGUAUACAUUAUAUUUUUUAUGCUUCCUUUUAUUAUUAUUUUAUUAGUUAUAAUAUUGUAAUGUAAAAAGAAAAAUUCUUAUAUCAUUAAUUUUUAAAUAGCAUUUAAAUAAAAUGUGUAUGUGUGUAAAAAAGAAAACAAAUUAAAAUUGUAAUUCUUAUAUUGUUUAUUUGUAUCAACUGUGUAAAGUAACUAUGUAGUAUUGCCAUAGCAAUAUUAAUUAAUUGUUUAUGUUUUCAAUAAAUAAAGUUUUAUUUUAAUUUGCAGGUUAAUAAUGCUGUUAAAUGUGUAUUGAAAAUGCCUAAAAAGAAAAUGGCAUUAUUAACUAAAGAAGCAGCCAUUAAAUUGACUAUGGAUCAAGAGAUUAUUAAAGAGUACACAUUGCCUUGGAACAUUAUCAAUAUUGAAUACCAGUCAUUUAUAGAUGAUGAUACAUAUGUUUUUAUAAAGACUGAUAGGAAAUCUGUUUCAAAACCCAAGUCAAUAGAUUCUACAAUUGUUAAAAAUAAUAUUUAGUUUAUGAAUAAUUACAAAUUUACAUUUAAUUCCUUAUGUUAUUAAUUUGUCAUCCGUUAUAAUAAAAUAUAGUUCUAUAGUUAUAACUUAGCUUAAAGGUGUAGGUAAUUAUUGUUAUUUCUAUUAAUACUUUG